GGUUGGCCAGUGGGGGUUAUUUCCACCCAAAUGUGUUGCCAUUAACUACCAAGAUGGCAUUAAUGAUUAAUGCCAUCUUAAAGUUGCUUGAAGUAGGUAUUGUAUUCUCUAAUUUCAGACCAAAACGAAUAUUUAUUACCAAUCAUAAACGAGUCGCAAUUCUUUUGACACUUCAAAAAGUAUCACUUUAGAAUCGGGUAUAAUUACUUAUUUGAGACCUGUCUAUAAUUCUUAAUUUGUGCCUCCCAGUAAUUUUCUGGAUUUUUCGAUCCGGAAAGUAAUCAAAUCAUCAUGUCAUUACCAAAAGUGAUGGUCAUUUUGUGCCUAAUGUUUCUGUGUUUCAAUUUAAUUGCUGGUGCUAAAACCCCAGAGCCAGAUGAGCCGUGGGCACAUAAGGAGACUCCAGAUGAAUUAGAGCAAAAACUCCAUUCAUUACUGCACGAAUUGGAUGAAGUUGCUGGACACAAGUACAAUGAUGCUUGCGAUACCAGUAUCUACGAGUACAAGGCUUACAAAAAUUUGACUGACGAAUUACAAAUCUUGGAGGGUGAUUCCCGUUACUACGAUAAGUUUGAAAUGUUUGAGAACAGGAAACCGAUGAAUUUUUACUAUAAAACUUUGACAAGUCUUGUUAACAAGAAGAAGAAGUUUUUCUGUCCCAUUACGAAAGGAAUGACCUGCAAAGAUAAAAUUUGUUCCUGCCGAACGGAUUAUCCUGGCGCAAAUAAAGAUAAUAUCAAGGUCAAUGUUACCGAUGAUCUAUCGGCCUGCUAUUUCCAGGAAGGAAGCAACUGUAAAAUUGAAUGGGAGACAAAAUGUAUGAACAACACCAAUUGCUUGGUCAAAAAGGAUGCAAAUCAGCCAGAAGCAAACUUGUCAUGCACACAAUUGAAUUUGGACAAGUAUUUUUUGAAAAAUUCGGAUACCUGCUCCUGCGAGUUCAAUGUUGCAGGCCGACAUUUAAAAAUUGACCAACUUCUCGACUCUAUCAAAGCAAUCCCUCCCAUAAACUACGGCGAAUCUUGUGAAGUAGACCACGAACGCAAUUACGCCAUAUUGGAGAAGGUCGUCGAGUCCAACUCUAUCGAUGACUUUUACAUGAACAAAGGCCAGUACAACAGUGUCGUCUCAAGUUUGGAGGAUGGGCUAAAAACUGGAUCAAAAAUGGUGUGCAACAAGAACAAAGUCGUGCUCGUUUGCAGCAACUUGACAAAAACGUGUGUUUGUAAGUAUAGCGGAACUUACCAGAGUUCUGACCAAGGUGGACGAUGCGAGCUCAGGAGUGGGAGUGAAUGUGAUAUCGGUGACAUACCUUGCCCAACUGGUGAAAAGUGUGUAUUUGACAUCAAGUCUUUGGACACGAAGGUCCUCUGCACAGAGUCAAAUAUGAAGGACCUUGAUCAGUAUGAACAAAUCUCAAAGAAAUGCAUCUGUUCUCCGCAUCAAGCCAAAAAGAGGUUUCAAAGCAAAGAUCUUCACAAGUUCCAUCAAGAGGACAAAAGGAAGAUGGCCGAAUUAGUGCGAAAAGUUCAUGAUAUCUCCAACUGGAAAGUUCUGGCACGCGGGGACAACUGUUCUUGGGACGUGGACAGGGCGUACUUUCAACUUGAUGAUUAUGUCCGAGCAAAUUUGGAACAUGUUUAUUUCAAGACGCGUUACUACAAGGAUGUCCAGUCCAUGAUUAACAGCAACGGUGCAAAGAAUGGGGUGUGUCACCUCAUAAACAAAUCGAUGCGGUGCGACUUUCUGCAACAAAAGUGUCUCUGUCCAACGGAUGGAUAUUUGCUGGAAGAGAUCCCAUCCACCUACGACUCUGGAUUGGACCGAUGUGUCCUCAAGUCAGGAAGUUUGUGCCACACGACGCUCACGGAAUGGAUUCAAUGUCCCCAAGGAGAGAAAUGUAUGUACAAGGAAAUACCCGUCCUAUGCGAUCGAAAAAAUCAGAAGAAAAUUGUCGACAAAAAAAUGAGACUGAAGAGUGCAAAGUGUUUCUGCUCUUCGACCAAAGUACAGGAAAUUGAUGAUAAACUUGCCAAACGGUUUCAACACAAGGAGAGGACGGAAUUCUAA